AGUAGAGUUGGGACCAUACUAUCACCUCCACUACCACCCUAUACCCAGGCCACGAAGUCCAGACUGCCAGACACCAAAGUCGUUCUCAUUUGACGAGAUGUGGAAGAUCAAACCCCCCAUCACGUACUCUUUGGAAGCAAAGUACAGGCCCCAUCUCGAGACCUUGGUCCCUACAGACCCCAUGUCCCUGUUCAACCUGAAGAGAGGUUCCCCUGAAGAGGAGUUCCCUAACCUAAAAUACAACUACACGUGUAUGGCGAGCAUCCUGACUCCAAAACUGUAUGCUCGCCAGUUCAACCGUGCCACCCAGAGUGGGGUCAUCUUUGAUGAUGUCAUACGCCCGGGCCUCGAGGAACCAGGGGAGCUUCAUGGACCCAUGUCUGUGGGUUGUGUGGCUGGUGACGGCCAGUCGUACAUCCUCUUCUGUGACUUCUUUGAUCGGGUCAUUGAGGCCUACCAAAACCACAAGAUCAGCAAGUUACAGGAGAGUGACUUUAAUCAUGACAACUUAAAGGGAGGUGAUGAUUUUGACCGUGAUUACGCCUUGAGCUGCGAGGUGAGUGUGGUGCGCAGUGUGGAUGACUUCGGCUUUCCGACACACUGCAGCCGGGGAGAACGUAGACAGCUCUUCAUGCUGGCCAAGAAAGCUCUGGACCAAUUGGCAGAGGAGUUGCCAGGGAAGCUGUACUCAAGGGCAGAACUGUCACAAGACAAAGACGACAAGGGAGUGACCGUGGGAGCCCCUUCCCUUUCCCAGUUGAGGAACGGGGUGGCCCGUGACUGGCCUGACUCCAGAGCUGUAUGGAUCAGUAAAGACGGGACCCUGGUGGUAUGGGUCAACAUUGACGACCACCUCAGAUUGGUGACCACGCGAGAUGACGCCAACAUCGCAGAGGCCUUCCAAUGUAUCUGUGUCAACAUCCUUAAGUUGGAGGCACUGUACAAAAAACUGAGGCACCCAUUCAUCUGGAAGCAGCAGCUUGGAUGGGUAGUGAGCUCUCCAGCAGAUGUGGGGACCGGCCUGAGGGCUAGCGUUCGUGUCAAGCUGCAACACCUGCCCAGACACAAACGUCUGGAAGACGUCCUCAGGAGACUGCGCCUCCGCAUGGACAACACCGACUGCAGUGAAGUGUAUAACAUCAGUAAUGCCCAGACAAUCGGCUUGGACGAGGUGGGGUUCACGCAGCUCGUGGUGGACGGGGUCAAGCUGCUCAUCCGCAUGGAGAAGAGGUUAGAGGGGGAAGAGAAAAUCGAUGAUCUGGUGCCUUUACAGAAGUAGAGCUGAGGAAGAUGGGAGGGAAAGGGACUCCUGUCCUAAUCAACAAAAACUUCACAUUUUUGUAGAUUGACUGGGAGCGUGCUAUUGUAAUACAAGGUUUUUGCGAGAAUG